AUGGACUUCUUACAACGGAUCUUGGGAAUUUUGAGCAGUGAAGAUGUUGCACCGGCGUUGUUUGCCUCAAGCAUCUCGGUGUUGUUCUUGAUACUCUCAUAUCAAGUUCUCUACCCACCUUCAAAAUACUCUGCUUUCCCCACGAUCAAUGGCACACGCUGGCUAGCACUCAGCAAUCGGCGAAUAUUGGCGGAAUUUGUGACCGAUGCCCAGGGCCUCAUGCGGAAUGGCCUAGAGAAAUACGAUAUCUUCCGUAUUAUAUCCAGUAUUGGCCCAAUGACUAUCCUGCACCCCAAAUAUACGGAUGAGAUUCACAAUGACCGACAACUGAACUUUAUGGCGGUGCUAGCUAAGGAGAUGUUUCCUAAUUACCCGGGCUUUGAUCUCUUCCGCGAAGGUACAGAUGGAAGCACUGUCUUACAGGACGCCGUAAAGUUUGGAUCCUCACGGUGUUUGGGUAAAUCAACCCAAUUAUUGUCGGAUGAAACGAGCACCCUACUGCAAAAACUCUGGGGCGAUGAACCGGAAUGGCACGAGGUGACGGCAAAAUCCUCUGUCCAUGAUAUCAUUGCCCACCUAUCGGCCUUGCUUUUCUAUGGGCCAGAACUGUGCAGCCAUAAAGAAUGGCUGGAAGUUACGGAUGAGUAUGCAUCCGUCGGGUUUCUAGCGGCUCGACAGCUCCGUCUUUGGCCUCCCAUAUUACGGCCCAUCGCCCAGUGGUUUCUCCCAGCUUGUCGGCGACUGCGGUAUCUAGCAAGCAGAACUCGUGGCCUCAUCGAGCCUGUCAUUGCCGCUCGACAGAAAGAGAAGGCUAUAUGUUAUUCGCAUGGGCGUCAACCGCCUGUUUACGAUGACGCGAUAGAAUGGACGGAGCGAGCUGCCAAAGGGCGCCCCUACGACGCCGCUAUGAGUCCUCUACUUUUCUCGAUCAAUGCGCUUCACACGACCACUGACCUGUUAACUCAAGUCAUUCUCGAUCUCAGUACGCAGCCGGACCUGAUUGUUGCCCUGCGUCAAGAAAUUCUCUCAGUCAAACCUCAACAGAAUGGGUGGAAGAACGCCAGCCUAAACCAACUUCUGCUCAUGGAUAGUGCUAUCAAGGAAAGCCAACGACUGAAACCAACCGAGUCAAUACUCAUGAGAAGAUACGCAAUGGAUGACUUGACCCUUGCUGAUGGCAACAAAAUCCCUAAAGGGACUGUCCUGGGAAUACCAAUCUUCGGGAUGCGAGAUCCAAAGAUAUACGUUGACCCGGACAUGUAUGAUGGAUAUCGAUUUCAAAAGAUGCGUGACAAGCCUGGAUUUGAAAACAAGUGCCAGCUUGUCUCUACGAGCCCAUGGCAUCUCGGAUUUGGCCAUGGUAUUCAUGCAUGCCCUGGUCGAUUUCUUGCAGCCGUUCAGGUCAAGAUCAUCCUCUGCUAUAUUGUCGCAAAAUAUGAUUUCAAACUGGCAGGUGGCGCGCCUCCCAAGGUACAAUCUGUCGGGAUAGAGUUGAUAUCGGAUACCGAGGCAAGGCUCGCCGUGAGAAGAAGGCAAGAGAUGGUGAUUGGAUUGGAGUAA